AAUUCGGUCCGACUGAACAACGCGAGUCGGUAGCGAAUAAAAGGCGAUUCGCCAUCUGGGAGCGAGGGUUUGAAGAAGACCGGAAGGGAGCGCCCCUCUUUUGACCCGUUCGCCAUGGUCGCCUCCUCCUCAUCGUCUUCAGAUUCCUCCGCCUCCUACUCCUCGGACUCCUCUUCUCUCCAUGACCGCCGUCGCCGCCGCCGCCGCCGUGAGGGCAGAGACGCCGUCAGGGUUCGCAAGGAUCACCAGUCUCGAGGGAAGCGGAGGCGGAGGCACCGAUCCCCCAGCGAUUCCUCUUCUUAUUAUACCAGUAGUUACAGUAGCAAGAGCUCCUCUGAUGGUGAAUGUGAGGCAUCAAAUCGAUUGAGGAAGCGCAAACAUAGUGAAAGAUCAAAGAAGGAUAAUGACCGAAGCAAGAGUCACAAACGCCACAAACCGAAGCAUAAAGAGAAGCUGCAGACUGAGCGGUGCAGCAGCCCUGUCCAGCUUUCAAAGUUUCUUGGCCGUGACAAAGAGGAUGGUGUUCGGCGCAGUGCUGUGUCUGGCAAAAAGAUUAUGUUGAAGCUUGAGAAAACAAAGGAAGACAAGUUAGCAGAAAGCAACCGCAAUGAGUUGCUGAAGUUUCUGAAUGCUAGCUAUGAUUGAUGAGUGGGGAUCAUGGCAUCAUUAUAUAUGCAAAGAUGAAGAAGUGUUUGAACAAACUGUAACGAUAGUAGUUGCUGCAUAUGAUUCAUUACAAUAUACCAACAUCUUCAGAAAGUGUAUGCAUGUUCUGUUUUCUUCCUUAUUUGGAGCUCUAAAUGUUAUUUUAUCGUUCAGCUGAAUUUUAUGAAUUAUUUUCAUGUGUGAUAGCUAAAUUUCUUCUUGUUGUCAACAGCAACCUCUUCAGUUAUAUGGAUCAUUCCAUGUUCAUUUUUUAAAA